GAGAAAUUCAUUGCUCAUUUUGUUGAGCAAAUCAGUUCUCACAUGUUUCAUUGUUAAAAAGGUUCUCUUCGUAGUAGCUGUUGAAACGAGCAGCAUCAACACUAGAUAAAUCAAUCGACUAAUCAAUUUGCAUUGUGUGUCCAUCCCUGCACACCAGCUACUUUAGUAAAUUUGUAAGGGAACAAACCUCAUAUUUCUUUUAGUCUUUUACGUUUUAAACUUUAUAGAAUUUUAGGUUUCAUUGUUUUUUUUUAGACGCAUGAUCUUUGGGGCUAAAAUUUCUAGGGUAAAUUUAGAAUAGUGAUUUGAAUAUGUUCAACUUGAUAAUUUUUCUAGUUAAAUCCAAUCUUGUCAUAGAAUACCACUGGGUCGAAUGUAUAAAAUCAAAAAUUUCAUAAGGACUAUAGUAACUAAGGAUCCAGAUGAGGGCUGGGCCGGGACCUGGGGUGGCCACCCCCUGGAUCCGCCAGUGACAACUACCUCGUCUUGCAUCUCGUCAAAUAUCGCGAACUAUAUAUAGCAACAAAAUCCUGAGCUGAUUUCGCGAUCUUUUGAACAACUUAGACUUCAAAAACAAAUAUACACUCGAAGCACUAUGAGAAUUACGUAUAACAUUCUUAUGAUAUCCCGUCAUUGUGUUCGCUCCUAGGCACAACAAAAAAAGUGUGCGGGAGGAUCGUUCUAUUGCAGCGGUCAAAGCUUUAAUUUUCUCUUUUGUAAUGACGCGGUUCGUUGCAUUAAAGAUAACUGGAUAAGUGUGUCAUUAGAUCGACUGUUUAUCUGAAAACUGUUACCACCGUUUUUUCUCCAAAUCACCGUUCCUUUGCAAGUUUGGAGAAUUGGAGUUUAAAUCUAUAGAUUCUAGACAAUCUAAAAAUUUUAACUCUGUGGAUUGUUUAAAAAAGAUUUGAAAAUGCUCAUUGUUUGGUAAUUACGAUUGUUAGCAUCCAAUGAAAAAGGAAAUUUUAUUUUUUAUUACACGACUUGUUUAUCCUUAACCAAAAUAAUUAGAUUGCUCGAAAAAUAUUGAGAAUUUAUUGGUAAGGAUAUUUAGUGGGAUAAAUGAACAAAAAAAGAAGAGGUAUAGUAGGAGAGAGAAAAUCUCUAAAUCAAGAUGUAAAAUCUCUCUAAUUAUGAGAGAUUUGAUAUCUAUAGAUUUUAGAGAUUUAAAAUCUCUGUAGCUACAAUCCAUGAUACAAAUAAUAGCAAAAAAACAUAACAUUUUGCUAAAUCUAUGAAUUCAAUAAAUCCAUGAUCAAAAUCUUGUUCUCAAACGAACCCUUAAUAUAACAAAGCCCUAAAUUUCGCUAGCUACUUGCUUCAUAAAUUGAUCUAAUAACCACUAUACGAACAAAUCUAAGAAGAAAAUAAUGCGUUGUAGUAUAUUUUUUGAGAAAGAAAAAAAAAAGCUAGCAACUAUAUUCGAACAAACGCUAAUAGACACCGUCAUUGUAAAUCACGCAAUCAAAACCAAAAGCGGCGUCGUCCCCUAAUUAUGCCGCCGUGGAAAAUAUGCCAAAUGCGAAGACAUGGAUGGAUAUAUAGAUAGAAACGACCUCUUGAAAUUGCACAUAUACUUUUCUCUAGUCUAGUAUAAAAAUAAAAAUAAAAACCCUAAUCAAGAAAGCCAUAGUAAUAAAACAUAUAUCAACACAACAACAAUGAAGAACACGGUCCAAAAACUUGUCACCUUAGUAGCACUGAUGCACGUCAUCACAGCGCCGGCGGCCGGCGGAGUAGAACCUGCGGUCACCGGCGCUCAUCAGAGCAAAGAGACAUCGUGCUUCGGCGCCGGUGCUUCGCACGAUUACGAGGCGCACAAACAGCACGUGCUCGAGGAGCUGGCCAACGUGACACCUACGGUCAAAGGGUACGACUACUCCACCGCGUUUCCUCCCACGGCGGGUUCGAACGACGUCGUUUACGGCUACGCCGGCUGCAGCCUCGAACUCGACGCCUCCGACUGCAGCGAGUGCCUCGAAGACGCCAAGGAUUCGCUGCUGGAUGCGGGCUGCGAUUUCGACCUUUUCGGGAUAAUGUCUUCCUCCGAUUGCAGCAUGCGCUACAACCCCGCGAAGAAAAUGUAGUGUACGGAUGGCUGGGCUCGUAAACACGUGGUUUGUUAUGUUACGAUUUACGAGCGUGGAUAUCGCGAUACGCGUCGUAUUAUAGUACUAUUCAAGCGUUGUUGGUUCAUAUGGUCGUAUACUUCUUUAUAAUGUGAUGAAUAAUGGCAAGAAACCACGUGUACGUCUUAAUUUUUAAUUUCUCUCGUAGAUAAUUCUUAAUUUUUAAUAUUAACUUUGACAAAGUUAUCCUAGAGAUUAGAAACUGAAACCUUCAAACAAAUUCAAUACAAGUGACAUUACCACUAGAUCAAUCCCUUGAUGGUGUGAUCACUGAUCACCUAUUUUCUUAGCCAAAAUACUAUAUAUGAUCACCCUUAAUAUUAACAAACCUCUGUAAAUGUUUGGGUCAAAAGAGAAACAACUUUUUUUUCUUGCUGUAUGGACUGAUGAUCAUAGUUUGGACUUUGGACUUUGAAGUAAGUUGAUGGCCAAUCACUAGAACAAGUCAAUUUUGGUAAGGCCCACUGCUUUAAGCUACCAAACCAUGCUUUGGGAAUUAUGGGUUCAUCCAAUAUUGCUUCUCUGUCACAAAUCCUAGUGUAGUCCAUUUCAUUAAAUUCCCUUUAGCUAGUAAUUGACCUGCUUUUUGUCACCACAUUGCAUGUUCUGCUCAAUCCAAUCCCAACAGAGAAUAUCCUCUCCAAAAUGGAUAAGAAGCUGGGGGAAGACAUAUGUUCCAAGUUCAGGGUGUGGGUUUAUAGCAAUUUCAUACAAGUUGUGAACGGUCGGAUUCGAGUGCAAAAUAAAAGUACUGCCACCGUAAUCAUUCAGCAGCUACGAGCGCUUUGUGAGCACCACACCCGAAUUGGGUCUAUGUUUUUGAAGAAUUGAUGGGUUGAAUGGUAACACAUCAACCUCUAAUCAUAGACAAUUGGGCUUUGGUGUUAGUGAAUGGUAUAUGAUCCACGAUUGAACCUCUCCCAACAACUCGAGUCAUUGGGAUCAACUGGUUCUUGACAUGGUAUCAGAGCCUUAUGCGAUCGAAAGGUCUUGUGUUCGAAUCCCCGUGACCCCCGUUUGUGAAGCACAUGAUAUCGUGUAUUCAGACCUGUGCAAACGAAAGCCCCUUAUGAGGUGAGUGGCUUUCGUUUGAGGGGAUGUGUUAGUGAAUGAUAUAUGAUCCACGAUUGAACAUCUCCCAACAACUCGAGUUAUUGAGAUCAACUGGUUCUUGACAUUUAGUACUAUUCAUAGUUCUAACUUCUAUAAGCAUGCACCAGUAGUUGGUAUGCUUUCUUUUCCUGGACAUGAGAACAUGCAUCACUAACACUAUAUGUCUCCAAACUAAACCAUAUGAUAAACAAAAUCAGAAGCCUCUCUUUUAGCUUCUCCAUGGCCUACCCUCCUCUUUCAGUGCCUUUGGGGUCCUAGCUACCAAUUGUGUCUUAUGACUCUAUCUGCUCAUACAAUGAACAGCAAAGCAAGCAGACCAUGUACGGAUAUUAAAAAAUGGAAAAAACCAGUGUUCAAGUAUGUAUAUGUGGUACUUGAUUUCUUUUGGUAAUGUUGUAUUUGACCCACAAGAAAGAAGUAUUUAUGCAGAUUUGGUGUGUAUAAUACAUUGAUACAACCCACAAUAUAUAAUCUAGAGUAGAGUCUAGAGUGGGGUUUGAACAAAUGAAGGGUUAAGUGGGAACAUCAAAACUGAACCAACCCACAUGUUUUUUUUCUUCUUUUCAUGGUAAUGCACCAAACCCUUUUUCUAAUGGAUAAGUUGGUACUGUUAGUGUUGUGGUAUAUGAUUCACGAUUGAACCUCUCCCAACAAUUCGAGUUAUUGGGAUCAACUAGUUCUUGACAUGGUAUCAGAGCCUUUUGUGACCGAGAGGUCUUGUGUUCGAUUCUUGGUGACCCCAUAUGUUAAACACAUGGUAUUCUUGUCUUCAGACCUGUGCAAAUUUCAAGCCCUUGUGAGUGGCUUUCGUUUGAGGGGGCGUGUUAGUGUUGUGGUAUAUGAUCCACGAUUGAACCUCUCCCAACAACUCGAGUUAUUGGGAUCAACUGGUUCUUGACAGGUACAGCUUACAACUUCUUUUGCAAAACAGGGGAGGUUAGGAAAGUGGUCUUUUUCAGGCAAAUGCAGAUACCCAUUUUUUUUGCAGAAGGGGAAAUUUUGCAGCUGAAAUGAAGUUGUGAAGGUUUAGGAGGGGGACCAUGGCCUUAUUUUGUCCUACCAUGGGGAUCUGCACCUGAAUUCAUGCUCCAAAAUUGCACAGCAAGCCUAUGCUAUGCAUAUCAUGUGGAAAGCUUCAAAAACUUACCAGUCUGUUUUGGAAAAUGACCUGCAAUUCCAUGAACUUAGUCCUUUGCACAAUUGUACCCAGGAAAAUGACCCUGCAAUUCCAUGAACUUAGUCCCCUAAGCCAUUCCAUUUCUAAUGCAUGCCUCUGCUGUCUUCAUUAAGUUCUGGACAAUGGAUCCACCUUCUUCCAUAGAUUUUAGCUUUCACAAGCAUUAAUCUCACAUUCUUUGAUGAUUUUCUGAUUCAAACAGCAGGAAAUGGCACUUCUUCUUAGCUAACCUUCUUCCCUUGUUUUAUACAAUAAUAAGCCAAUUGUUAAACC